GAGGCCCGGAUCUCUGUCUGUGCUAACCGGGGAGAAGAUGGUGGAACCUGCAGUAGCAACGUGCACAAUUCUCCGUCCAAAACACUUCGAAAAAGAAAUACCUUCCCAGCCAGGUGUUAGGUAUCGCUUACCCGGUGACAACCACAGAUAAUACCCGCGUUGGGCGACAGCCGGAUCGGCGCCGCCGAGCACGCGCGUUUGGCGCUCGUCGGAGAAGCGUGGUUUGGCGGCCGUAUAGCUGGCCGUGGUGGGGUCGCGCUUCUCACCGCCACUUAUCUCCUCGUUUUGAACAGUAAAGGUAGGAUCUCCUGGAAGGGGUCGUGGAUUGACCGCGGUCGGAGAGCGUAUUUCUGCCGCCUUCGAGAGAAGUCUGGGCGUGUGAUCCGGCGCGGUCCAGCUUGGACGGAGCUGUGACCGCGGGAGGCGACCGGCAACAUGCCGAGGAGCAAGAAGGGGAAACGCGGCACGAACCGUGGCUCCCUCCGACAGGAGCUCCUUCAGCUACAGCUGUCGACUAAGGCCCCUCUGCCGUAUAAAGGGGGGCGGAACGGGGCCAAGGGUGAGUCUGGAGCCAGCGACGAUGAGCAGGCCAGUGAAGUCCUGAGUCACUAUAGCAGUGCCAGCGAGAGCGCCUCUGUGCUGGAGGAGGGUGCUGGAGGGGAGCCGGUGGAUGAACAGACUGCGCAGGAAGAGACCGAGGACAAGCUGAAGCAGUGCUUGGACAACCUGAUGGACAAGAGCGCAAAGACCCGUUUGAUGGCACUGGAGAGCCUGAAGCAGGGCUUUUCGUCCAGGAUCCUGUACGACUUCUUGCUGGAGAGGAGGCUCACACUGUCCGACUGCCUGGAGAGGAGUCUACGCAAAGGAGGCGGAGAGGAGCAGGCGGCAGCCGCCACCCUGUGCGCCUUGCUGUGUGUGCAGCUGAGCACAGGCGUCGAGGGUGAGGAGGUCUUCAGAAUGCUCAGGCCUGUGCUCAGCUCCACCCUGAGUGACAACUGUGCCAACGUGGCGGCCAGGCAGAGCUGUGCCACAGCCUUGGGCGUUUGCUGUUAUGUUGCAGCACCUGAUAACGCCGAGGACAUUUUGAAAUCCCUAAGUCACCUGGAGAGCGUGUUCACCACUUCGUACCCCAACUGCGAAGGCGCCCUGCCGACCCACAAACCGGGCAUGUCGGCGCUCUUCUGUGCCGCCCUGCAGGCCUGGGCAUUGCUUCUCACCCUCUGUCCGGCCUCUCAUCUCAGUUCCUCACUGGACAUACACUUGCCUAAACUGCAGGCCUGCCUGGAGUGCAAUGAUGUCCACUACAGAAUUGCCGUGGGGGGGACCAUCGCCCUUCUGUUUCAACUGGGUCGAGAAAUUGAUCAGGAUUUCCAAUAUGAUGACUGCGACAUGCUGUGCGAAUGCCUGAAAGGCCUGGCGACGGAUGGGAACAAGCACCGAGCCAAGAACGACCGGCGAAAACAGCGUUCUAUCUUCAGGGAGGUGCUGCAGUACAUCGAGAACGAAGAUUUCAACGAGGAGAAGAUUUGUUUUGGUGUGGAAGGCAUCUAUAUUGACAGCUGGGUCCGAAGAAGAACCUAUGACGCCUUUAAAGAGGUUCUGGAAUCUGGAGUGAGAUACCACUUACAGUAUAACCAGCUUUUGAGGGACAUCUUUGAAUUGGGGCCACCUCUGGUACUCGAUGCUUCUGUGAGAGCCAGUAGGAUCUCUCGUUUUGAGAAGCACCUAUACAACUCUGCUGCAUUUAAAGCAAGGACUAAACUGAGGAAUAAAGUGAGGGACAAGCGGGCAGAUGUGAUGUGAGAAAGAAGAACUAAGCACAUGCCAUGCUGGCCUUGAAGACAACAGCACUUAGAAGAACAGCAAAAGAACCCUCUUCUCUUCACUUAACACAACAUGCUGCUGCCAAAUACCAUUGACUCCACAAACAAUGCAAAUGUAUGUGUAGUUUUAAUUUUUUUUUAACAUCACAGAAAAAAUAUCAGCUAAUGGGAAUUUUAAAGAAGUGUAGAUCUUUAUAUGAGUCUCAUGUACAAACACAUUAUAUUAAUCUCAUGUACAAAUGCAUCAUACAAUAUUAACCGUUUUUGAGUAUUUUACAUUCUAAUUUAUUGAGUGGGAGACUUUUGUAAAAGUUUCAACACACUAAGGGGACAAUGAAAAUGAAAAUAUUUUGUAAUUUUUCUAUGUAUAUUUUGUAUGCUGGGUUUAUGGUGCGUUCUUUACAAAUAUGCACACAUGGACAGUACGCACACACACAUAUAUACAUAUAUAUAUUAAAUAUGCAUUAUGAAGUGCACCAAGAUUCAUAAUUUAAGAGAGAGUGGCUGUAUUUUCUAAAUGUAAGUUUCUUGGUCUAGGUGACUUACAGUGCUUUGUACUCAAAGGGUAAAAAUUUGACAAAUCAAGAAUUAAACUGUAAUAAAAAAAACAUUAACAUUUUCUGCCUUAGGGUUUAUCUGGGGUGGUGAAGGCUGUAAUGGUCCCCCUAAGUUGUCUCUAAACUUUUAAAAUUAUGUCGGUUGCCUCAUUUUAUGACACUUUGAUACAGAAGUUAUUUACAAAGACUGUGCAUAAAAGCAACUUAAAUAUAAAAUUUGAAAUACUU